CGUCAGUUUUCCCACGUCACAGCUGGCAACAUUCCGGCGAAUCUCCGGCAGUCAUGCCUCGCGCCGCGCCCGCCACGGCCGCGCUCGCCACCGCCACGCUCGCGGUACUCGCCGCGCUCGUCGCAUGCGUAGAAGAAGAAUGCAUCGACUGGGAAGGGAAGUCGGUACCCCACGGUCUGCUGUACGUGCCGGGGCCGGGAGUAUGUUCCCUCUGCGUGUGCUAUCACUCUGAGCCUAUGUGGUGCAAGGCUAUUUACUGUGAUCCGCCUUAUUUCUGCAAAAACUUCCGCGUCGGCGCACGAUGCUGUGAGUUCGAGUGCCUGGACCCGCCAGGAGAAGACACCAGAUACCGCGAGAGGCAGCGGCUUCGGGCCCUCAUCCUCGCUGGCAACUCCUCGGCCCCCCACCAGGGCCCCUCCAUCGAACUCAAAGCAGGAAUCUCCCUCCUAGCUGUAGCCGUCGCGCGCUUCGUAUGAAACACGGAACGCGUAGACCAAUAACCAAUUGAAAAUUUAAGGGAGUAUUUGCCUGGCUAAGGAGGUUUUAGUUCGUGAAAUUGAAUGCCAACAACUCACAUUC